CGCAGACGUCGAGAUGGUGGUCAGGACAACAACCCAGGAAAUAACCUCCAUGUAUCUGGGCUGUCCUCCAAGGUCGAUGACCGUGAACUUGAAGCUAUGUUCGCCAAAGUUGGCCGAAUUACGAAAGCUCAAGUUGUUUACGAUCCACACACCCGCGAGUCGAGGGGUUUUGGCUUCGUCACCAUGGAGACUCCUGAAGAAGCGGACGCCGCCGUUACCGCUCUCAACAACACUGAAUUGUACGGGAAGACCGUCACAGUUGGAAAGGCAUGUAGACGAAAACUUUACACUACCUCGUUCUUUCUGACCGUAUUUUAG